AUGAACCCCUCAGGAUCCUUCAGAGUGCUAGGCACAAUUGCACGACAAACUUCGAUUCGAUCUACAUUUCAAUCACCAUUUAUCUCGUCAAAAUUAAGAGCUUUCUCAUACUUGACUCCGAGGCUAUCAGGAACAGCGCCUCGGGGAUGGACACCCACACCAUUUGUGACAGAGACGGUAGGUGGAGGAUGGCAUACAUAUGACAUCUUCUCCCGAUUACUCAAAGAGCGCAUUAUCUGCCUCAAUGGCGAAGUUGACGAAACUACAUCAGCCGCCAUUGUCGCUCAACUCCUAUUCCUCGAAGCAGACAACCCCGAAAAGGCAAUUCAUCUCUACAUCAACUCCCCCGGAGGUUCAGUGACGGCGGGACUUGCGAUUUACGACACUAUGACCUAUAUACAAUCACCUGUGCACACUAUCUGUGUCGGUCAAGCGGCCAGUAUGGGAUCUUUGUUGUUAUGUGGUGGUCAUGCCGGUAAGAGGUACUGUUUACCACACUCAUCGAUCAUGAUCCAUCAGCCCUCGGGUGGAUAUUUCGGACAGGCUAGCGAUAUUGCGAUUCACGCAAAGGAGAUUCUCCGGGUAAGGACGCAGCUCAAUCAGAUUUACCAAAGACACUUGACUGGCAAGAAGCAAUUGUCGUUGGAUGAAAUCGAGAAGCUCAUGGAGAGAGAUUAUUUCAUGGGUGCUCAGGAAGCUCUGGAGAUGGGCAUUGUGGAUGAGAUCUUGGAUCGAAGGAUGAAGCCUGAGAGUGAGAGUGAACCCGCCAAAUGA